AUGGAUGAAGUAUUAAAUAAAUUUCAAACAGCUUUGAAUUGUGAAGAUUCACAUAAAAGCUUAUAUAAAAACUGGGGAAAGGGGUGCACCCAAGAAGAAAGACGGAAAGAGAUAUUGACAAAUCAAAAAGGGCAAAGAAAUAAAAACUUAGACAAUUUUCGGGGUAUUUUUCUUGAAUAUAUAAAUGGAGUGGAAAAAUGUAAUAUCUUUGAUACUGAAGCAGUUUCAUACAGACCAAACAUAUAUGUAGCAGGUUUUAACAAAACUUCUCGUAGUUACAAUAAUGUUCUUAUGUUAUCAGAAUGGUUAAUAGAUAGACCAAUAGAUUUUGAGCAAAAUUGGUAUGUGGUACCCUGUCCAAAAGGCGUCAGAACUCUAGUGGUUUCUCAUAAUAAAACAACUAAAUUCUUCACAAAAAAUGGCCGAUUUAUGAUGGAAUGCAAAACAGGAUUACCUGGAGGCAAUCAAUAUAAUACCAAUAAACGAAAAGGGAGCUUUUGUGUAUUAGAUGGCUUUUAUUUGGAAAAGAAUAAUACUUUAUAUAUUUUGGAUCUAUUGGCAUGGAACUGGCAACCCAUGACUGAUGGUGAGACUGAAUUCAGACAGUUUUGGCUAAAAGCGAAUAUGCAAGAACUUACAGAUGUAAGUGAAAUCAGCAAAACAAACAAAGUGGUUUUCAAAAUCUUGCCAAUGGUUGAUUGUUCGCGCGCAUCAUUUAACAAUUUUAUGAUGAAGUAUCCACAUUUUGAAAAUAACUUUCCAAUUUUGGAUGGUCUACUUUUCUAUCACAAACAUGCACAUUAUGUUGCCGGAGAAACACCACUAGUUGGAUGGCUUUAUCCCUUUAUGGUACAAGAGGUUUUGGGAUAUGAUAUACCUGUGCAUUCUAUGUAUGAAGAUGAAAGGCCAAAUGACUAUAUAACUCAGUCGUACUUUAUUGAAAAAUUUGUUGCAAAUAAUUUCAAGAAAAACAUGAUCAGUUCAAGUACAAACAUGGAAGAAGAAGAAGAAGAGAGCAUUGGCUUAGAGGAUACGUGGCAAUCAUUAGAAUCACUGUAUUGGAAAGAUCCAUCCACAAAC